CAGAGAUGGACGCGCAUCGCACACAUCUUGGAAUUUUUAAGGCCUGAAGUUCUGACUUUCCCGGACGAGGACUAGUGUCCUAGAUACAGAAAUUGCGUGUUCGAUUGCCAGUUGUUCGCUGCUGAUCAACACCAUGAUUGACACGAGCUUCGCCUAAAACAGCCCCUAGACAACGCACAUCAUGGCAUGAUCCCAGCAGGUCGUAGGCAUACAUAGGCAAGCUUUUGGCAUCCAAGGUAAGCAGGACAACUAAUCACCAGUGUGCAGCAGAGAAUCAGCAAGAUCAUCACUUGAAAAGGAAUCCAACAGCAAAAGUAUGGCCACCGAAGGCACAGUACAGCUGAGCGACGCGCAUGCCCCUCACCAGGCAUCUAUAGAUGCCAUCGAGUCCAUCCUAGAUACGGUGAAGGAGGAACUUGUGAAGCUCCGCCGAGAUCAUGACAGACACGAGCCUGAGUAUUUCCGCGCCGUCAAGCACGUAUCCGAUCCAGACCUGACCUCGUUCACCGUCCGCGACCUCGGGUCUGUCCGUGUCGCUAUCUCAGCCUACGGCCUGCACCUGUUUGGGAAGAUCCGGCUCCCAGCCGUAGAUGAUGGCUACAUACAUGUACGCGUUUUUGGCUCACCAAAGGACGGCACAGACGGCAGCAGCGCAGAUGAGCGCGAGUACAGUCUACAUAGCAUACAUACAGAAGAGAUCAUCAAGGAGGACGGAGACAGAGUGUACCGGGCUAUAUUCGGGCGCAACGAUGAGCUAGAGUGGUUUGAUACCUAAUAUACAGAAUCUACA